AUGUCUCCAGAAGAAACCAAAGGCGACGAAGCUUCCGCAGCGCGCAAUCCCGAAUGCAAUCAUUCGUUUCCCGUUGCUUAUUUGCUGCCUUGUCUAUUUUUGCCGGUGUUCGCCUUGCACCGGUGCGAAACGGCGCUCGCUUCGGCGAUGGACAAUGUGUAUAUCUAUCUAUCUAUUUAUCUAUCUAUCUAUCUAUCUAUCUAUCUAUCUAUCUAUAUAUAUAUAUAUAUAUAUAUAUCAGUCUAUUUAUAUCUAUCUAAUUACUAUAGGAUUCUCCAUUAUCUAUCUCAAUCUGUUACUGUCUAUCUAACUUUCUAUCUAUCUAUGUAUCUCAUACUGUUGCCAUCUAUCUAUCUAUCUAUCUAUCUAUCUAUCUAUCUAUCUAUCUAUCUAUGUAUCUCAUACUGUUGCUAUCUAUCUAUCUAUGUAUUUCAUACUGUUGCUAUCUAUCUAUCUAUCUAUCUAUAUAUAUAUCUAUCUAUCUAUCUAUCUAUCUAUAUAUAUAUAUAUAUAUAUAUAUAUAUAUAUAUAUAUAUAUAUCAAUUCCUCAUAUCUAUCUAUCUAUCUAUCUAUCUAUCUAUCUAUCUAUCUAUCUACAUUAAUGAAAUAAUCCAACGCCAAAUAUCUAUCUAUCUAUCUAUCUAUCUAUCUAUCUAUCGUUAUAUCUUUUUGUGGUGUCUAUCUAUCUAUCUUCUGUCUAUCUAUCUAUCUAUCUAUCUAUCUAUCUAUCUAUCUAUCUAUCUAUCUAUCGUUAUAUGGUCUUACUCUAUUUGUCUAUUGAUCUAUCGUCUGUCUGCAUCUUUUUCUGUAGUUGUCCAUAUCUAUCUAUCUAUCUAUCUAUCUAUCUAUCUAUCUAUCUAUCUAUCUAUCUAUCUAUCUAUCUAUAACUGUCAUUGUCUGUCUGCCUGGCUGAUUAUUGUUUUGUCCCCAUCGUUGUCUCUUUGUUUAUCUAUCUAUCUAUCUAUCUAUAUCUAUCUAUUAUCUAUCUAUCUAUCUAUCUAUCGUUAUAUGAUGUCCAUAUCUAUCUAUCUAUCUAUCUAUCUAUCUAUCUAUCUAUCUAUCUAUAACUAUGUCCAUAUCUAUCUAUCUAUCUAUCUAUCUAUCUAUCUAUCUAUCUAUCUAUCUAUCUAUCUAUCUAUAACUCUAGAUAGCUACCGUUGCCGAUCUACCUACUUACCUAUCUAUCUAUCUAUCUAUCUAUAA